GUGGCGAAUGCAACCUGAUACCCUGGUGAAAUGCAGAGGUCCUGGAGGAGGAGGCUGAGUGUGCAGGGACACAGAGGAGGUGGAAAGCGGCUUGGAGCCCAGCGUAGCGCAAAGCACCAUGUGAGCUGGAGAACACCGCAAUAUUGGCAAGAGGACAGGGGCCGAGUUCACAUCGACACACGGAUACAUCUAGAUACGCACAGAUACUUUCUGUAAUCCCCCUUCCCCAACCUUUCAAACCAAUGGAACCUAUCACAAAGUGGUCGCCGAAACAAGUGGUGGAGUGGAUUAAAGGAUGAAUUCUCACUCAUGGUGCAAGUUCUGAGUCCUGGGCAUUGAGGUGCCAAAUAUUACUGUGUGUGUUCAGCAGGUGUGUUUCCCAGGUGGUCAUUCAAUUUGACAUGUGAACUUUAGGGCUGGAUGAUUACUUGCAGUGCUAUGCUCACAACUUUGAGCGAGAGAAGAUAAAUGGUGAGCAGCUUCUACAGAUUACUCAUCAGGAUCUUGAAGAAUUAGGAGUAAUUCGUAUUGGUCACCAAGAGCUAAUCCUAGAGGCUGUAGAUCUGCUUUGUGCUCUGAAUUAUGGAGUGGAAACAGAAAGUAUGAAGAAGUUGGCCCUGAAGUUACGAGCUGCCACCAAUAGCCUCCAGAAUUUUAUCAGCAUUAGAAGAAAAAGCACUGCUUACGAUGGCGCUACUUCUCGCAAGCCUCCCAAUGAUUUCCUUACCUCAGUUGUGGACCUCAUUGCAGCUGCAAAAGCCUUGUUGGCAUGGUUGGACAGAUCACCAUUUACAGGGAUCAGUGAUUACUCAGUGGUGAAAAACAAGAUUAUACAGCUAUGCUUGAAUUUGACAACAACUGUUCAACAGGACUCCACUGUGUUUGAAAUGGAAGAUGGUGUCAUUAAUGUUUGUAAAGUUCUUAAUGGUAUCUGUGAUCAGACGAUUAGAUCGGCAUCUGAUCCUUUGCUAAGCCAGAGUGCUUGUCUAGAGGAGGUUCAGUUAAUAAACAUCAAACCAAGUGAAGGACUGGGCAUGUAUAUUAAAUCAACCUAUGAUGGAUUACAUGUUGUAACUGGUACAACAGAAAAUUCACCUGCUGAUCGAUCUCACAAAAUUCAUGCCGGUGAUGAGGUUAUUCAGGUGAAUCAGCAGACUGUGGUUGGAUGGCAGUUGAAAAAUCUUGUUGCAAAACUUCGUGAAGACCCUGCAGGCGUGGUGCUUUUAUUGAAAAAACGGCCAGCAAACACAUGCAAUUUUACUCCUGCUCCUCUGAAGAACAUGCGCUGGAAACCGCCAGCUGUGCAGACUAGCCCUUCACAAACAGUAACUCCAUCAACAGCCAGCACAAUGGAGAUGUCGCAAAAGAAGGAAAAACCUGCGAUUAAGGAUUUGUACAUCCCACCACCACCAGCUGUUCCAUAUACUCCACGGAAUGACCAAGGUGACCUUGAUUAUGAGGAGGUCAGCAAGCACGGACCAGUCAGGCCUGUACCAAAGGGUUCGGAGUCACCCAAUUCUUUCCUUGAUCAAGAAUACCAGAGACGACGGUUUACCAUUGCAGAAUAUGAUCAGUUGCCCCCAUACGCAUUUGAAGUGCCUAAACCCACCAGAAUGCGGGACAAGACACAAUUAUAUGGAAGACCACGACCUCUGUCAAUGCCAGUGAGUGGAAACUGGAUGGGUGCAAUUGAAGCUUGCUCAAGGCCCAGAGUGGAAGGAAGGAAAGGGGAGGACUACCUCUAUAGAUACUUCAGCAAUGACAGAAUACCACCAAUCAGUGAAGAUUGUGUUGCAACACACAUUUCUAGACCAGCAGCUGGUCGACACUCUGGAAGAGCUGUGACUGGGAGAUAUUCUGUCAGCCCUGAACUACGCAGCAGUAUGACAAUCCCAACUCAACAAGACGGACCCAAAAAAAGUUCAAAUUCAUCAGGAAAAAACUCAUUGGAACAUUCAUCACCGGUCAGUUGGAUUACAAGAUUUAAGCUAUUAACUCACUGAAUUUUAUAUUUUUUACCAGUCAUUUCAUACUUGUGUCCAAGAUCAGUAUACUAAGCUACACGUGUUAUCAUCUUGCGAUGUGACAACUGAAAAAAAUACAGGUGGAGUUACUUUGUGUUUUUACAUUGAUUUAUAAGUUGACCUAUGUCCCAAGAGAUUCCUAUUAAUGUGCCUUAUGCUGUGACUAAAAUGGUUACAAAUGCAAUCUAGUUUUGUCCAUUUGAUUUGACUUUAUAAUCACUGAAUAAAUGUGCAGUGAAGUUGUGCAAACACUUGGCUCAGGAUCUUCAGAAAAACAUAGAUUUUAAGUUACUCAGAGUAUAGAGUAUAUGCACUAAGCAAUAUAAAAGGAUUUUGUGUCAACCUUCUAAAUUAGCUUCAGACUAAGGUUCUUAAUAGGUGCACAUUCAUUCUUAAAUACCGAAAGAAUUCAAGACUAACUUACGUUGUGCAUAUCAUUAAAGAUACUGAAAACAGGGCAACAGUGUACAUUGUGUUGCAAAUGCAAUUCUUUUGAUACGUGGAAAUGUAUAUAGAAAGUUUUGAUGUAAUACUUGACUCACAAAGAAACCCCUUUACUCCGAGUACCUCAUUGUGAUUGACAAAGCAGGCUUGUUGCAAUCGAGAUGAAGUGUUAAUGGUCUCAUCAAUGCACCUAUUAUUUGGAAUCUGUAGAAUCCUUCACCGUGUCUGAUCCUAGAUCUAAAUUAUUGCUGCAUAGUUGCAAAACUUAGCCAGAUCUUUAAUGGAAUACAUUUUGGAAGUGCAGAGAAACUCUUCAGGGCUGAAUCAACUCGUAUCAACCAUCAAGGCUGGAUUGGGUUUUAAGAUCCCUACAUUUGUAGUGUUUCUUCAUUUUACAAGUAAUCAUUGACAUGUGUGUUAUCUCUUGAGAGAGAAGUCAUAGAAACUUAAAGCACAGAAGGAGGCCUGUUCAGCCUAUUGAGUCCAUGCCAGCUGAUAUGUGACCAUCCAGCCUAUUCCCGUUUUCCAGCUCUUGAUCCAUUGCAUUGUAGGUUACACUUCAAGUGCAUAUCCAAUUAUUUUUUUAAAUGUUUAGAAGGUUUCUGUCUCUUACCACCCUUUCAGACAGUGAAUUCCAGACCUCCUCCAACCUCUGAGUAGAAAAUUCCCCCUUGAAUCCCUUAAAAGUACCUACCUCUUAAUGCUAAAUCUAUGUCUGCAAACAUCUUAAUCAUAGCUCCCUACAUUCAAGCCCAAAUCAUUGAUGUAUACCACUUAAAGCAAUUAGCCUAGUACUGAACCCUGCAUGACCCCACUGGAAGCAGCCUUUGACAGUAAUGUUCAUCCUAUCACCAUGCAAUUUCUGAGUUCCAUUACUUUUUAAUUCCAAUGUUUCCUCCUUGAUUGCUUCAUUCAUAAUCUGAGGAUAUUUCUAAUUAGAGUUGCAGUUGGGUAUUGCUUGCCCUUGGAUUUCUCCUUUGUGAUAUAUUUGGCAUAGUUUCUGAAGAUAGUGUGAAUUAAUAUAAUUUUUAUUUUGAAAUGCAGUCAUUUACAACUGGGAUUCAUGGUUAUUUCCACUUUUUAUGUUUAUCUCUAUUCUGCAUAUUUGGGCCAUUAUUGAGCUAUUUCACCUGUAGCUGGCUUUUCGAGUCCAAGGCAGUCAUAGUGUCUUUGAUGGAUUUAUAGAAGACUGAUGCUUCUGGGUGUAUGAAUCAAAGGCAUUGAAGUUAUUUGAUGGACAAUUUGUUUUUGUUUUCUUUAGCCGAAGGUACCUGAAGAACUGUGAUCAAGGAAAUUCGCUAUUCAAAUUUCAGUUCCUCAGAUGAUCAUUGAUUAUCCUGAGUUGUGAUCUAUGUCUGCUCAUUCCCUGCUCUUAAAAGACCACAAUCAAAAUGUUGCUCUGGAAGAGUAUGAUGCACUGCAUGAUAUAGCUGACUAAGGCAUAUUUUUCUUAUUUUUAAAAAAGUCUCUAGUUCCUUUCUAUUAAUGUGCAGCUACUUCAGUAGUGAAGUAAUUGAACUGUACAAAUGUGUAGAGAACUUUUAUAAAACAAAAUUAUCACAACCAAAGUUUAGGGAUGCUCACUAAAUAUGUGGAACACUUGACUCAUUAAGCUAAUGAGUUCCUGUUCAUAUGGAACACCAGCUUAGCAGCUUUGACCAGGCAUCUCUAGUGAUGUUAAUGGAAAAUUAUAUCAUGUAAUGAAAUUAGGCCUCUGUAUAAUUCUGGUCAGUAAGGAUGGUGUGGGCCCCUGUAAUGGUGACUAUAAGGGUUGCAAAUUUAAAGGAUUUAGUCUGGAAGGGCGGUGAAGAAAUGGAACACAAACCUGCAUAUGCAGUUUACUUGCCAAAUAGACAUUGUGCACCUGGAGUACUGGACUGUGUAGAUUUACAACUAUUUGGAUGUUAAUAGAGUAUUUAAUAUAAAUAUAUUAAAAAAAAGCUUUACGGUUUUGUUUUUACUUGUAUUAAUGUACAAUAUUCAAAAGGUCUACCAUGGCUCUCAGAAUGUAAACUAUUCUGUAAUACCUAUAUUGAUAGAAACAGAGUACAAUGACAUCCCCACUUGCUUAAAUUGGCAAAAUUUGCACAAGAAAGGCAUGCCAGUAUUUAAACGCAGAGUUUCUAGCUGUCUAUAAUUUUUUUCAACCUCUCCCCAACAAAUUCAGCUUCUAGAUUUCUAGGGGAGGAGAAAUGUUUAUUGUGGCUGUUUCAGGGAACCAAUGUUUAUACACAUUUUUGGGUUGAAAAAACUGAAAUAUUUACUGAGAUGAAAUGUAGUUCCGUGUUUAAAAUUUCAUUUUGAAAGAUUAACACUUCAAAAUGUAAAUAACUGUAACAUGACUGCCUUUGUUUAAAACAUGGUGUUAAAACUUGCAGGAUUACUGAUUAAAGGUGCAGUGUUUUUCACAAA